AUGGAUUCGACUGACCAAACUAGUCGCGUUAACAAGCACACAGAAGCGCGCGAACAUAACCAAGUGCCUAUAAAUGCCAGCUUUAACGACCCGAUGGAUUUCGAUCCUGAAAUCCCCCCAGCCGAUACACAAAAUACGCAAUCCACAAGCCAUCCUCGCAAUUCGAUACGCAGAAAUAAAAGCAAAUCGUUUGCUGACCUUCCACCAUCCCCAGCCACACACACUAUAUCUUCCACGCUCAGACUCAAUCAGAACCGAGGAGUAGAAGCCGAAGCAGAAGAACCACAACGGUCACCAGGAUUUAUACGCGCGCUUAACAGCCGAAAGUCUGAACAUCACCGUGAUACUUCUUCACGAUCCAAAUCCUCACAUUCCCGUCCAGGUACACCGCCAUCGAGAGGGUUCAUAAGUGAUGAGCACAAGCGCAAAAACAGGGCUAGCGUUGGUAGCAGAUUCGCAGCUGAAGCUAAGCAUUUCUUUCACGGUUCCUCUGGUGGUCAUAGUCUGAGCCGCAACAGCCGCAGGAAAUCAACACCUGCAAUCAAAACGACAUCUAUUAGCUCCAACUCCAAUGGAAGUCCUUCUACAAGUCGCGAUUCUACCUCCUUUUCCUCUUUAAGAUCUAGGCGUAAUAGCGCUAGUUCGGAGAUAUCUUCCAUCCAAUCCCACAAGGAUGAAUUCGGGCUCAGCAAGGAUAUCGAUGUCCCGCCAGUACCGCGGAUACCAAAAGAUUUCAGCAACUUUCGCGGUACUGGUGGUGCUAGUGGUGCUAAUGGUACAAAUCCCUCAAAUCGAAACAAUGCAAUCGGCUUACAUUCGCAAGCCUCUUCAUCUUCUGAAACGACAGCUAUACCUUCACAAGAUGCUGAUUUAACAGUGCGCAAUAAAAACAUGCAUAGUACUAGUAGACACGGCAGCUACUCUCCAACACAAGUAAACUGUAAGAACUUUACCCACACUCAAACACCCGUCAAACGACCAUCGACUGUGCGCAGAAUCACACCGUCAUCCAUACCUUUCUUCAGACGAUCAUCAUCUGCGCAAAACAUUAAUGCUCACUCUCUUCCCCACAACACCCCUCCACCCGUCCCUCCAAUCUCACAAACGCACCUGGCGCAAAACUCUGUGUCUUCAGAAGACACGAAUGGGACGACGCAUUCGACACAUUCGGCUACUUCAGCUCCUUCAUCAACUGCAAAACCCUCACACAGAAAGAGUAUGCUGGGGAUAGGGCUACCUUCACUUCUCAAACCAAGUUCAUCCAGAAAAUCGUUAUCGAGCAGCAAACCAAUAUCGUCGGAUGAUUUGUCAGACAAGCAAUCGAAGCACAGUAGCGAGCAGUCGACAUUCAGACGACGUCGCAACAGUCUUAGUGCAGCCAUAAUGGGCAGAAGGAGAGGUAAAUCUAUAGGAUCUGGAUCGGGAAUGGGAUCUGGUGAGGUGCCAUCGGAGCCUGUGCCCAAGAUCAAACCUGAGUACUUGGACCAAGAGAAGGAGGAUAAGGACGAAGCCACAACACCCCUAUCUUCACCUGCAGCCCGUGACAGAAGAAGUAAAGCCUCUACUAAUCACAACGCUAAUGACGACACCAAUAUGUUACAGCAAAAUAAUUCUAACUCCAAUUCUACUUCUAAUUCUAAUUCUACCUCAAAUCGCACACUCUCAACCUCGAUUGAUCCGCAACACAUCGACUCACAGUCCAGUCAAACUAGCCACGAAACUAUACACCCAGAUAAUAAACGCGAUCAGAAACCGGCUACGACGACGCGUAUACCGAGAAUAUCGUCGAGCGUGCGCACACCCGGUAUGCAAUCGCAAUCGCAAUCACGCUCACCAUCAUCUGCUCCUGCUCCUGCUGCUACUCCUCACAAGGCGACGCUGACGGAAACGGCGCGAAAAGCGAGUGAAGGGUCUGUCUAUUCGAUCAACACGAGUAAUACGAGCAACGCGAGCAGGAGUAAAAUCUCCAACGGAGGUGAACCGGCAAACACAAGCACCACAUCGACCACAUCGGACUCUAAUCGCGAAAUGCGCCGGCGAGUGGUGGACAAGUCACUCGAAGGCCAAUCGAGAAGAUUAUCCAAGAUGGCUAUUGACGGCAGUAAGCGAGGAGCGCAAGGUGCGCGAGGUAAGGAAGAGAACACGAUAUCGUUGGUGAAGACCCCGCGCCAGGGCGCAGCCUAUACCAAACAACCAACGUCGAUACCAACGAGUGUGAGCUCAUCCAGUGUAGCGUCAGCAUCUAAGAACACACCAAGCAGCACGAGCACUCCAAAAAUACGCAGCGUCGUACCGGCAGUGUCGUCGCGCUCUUCAUCCAACACGCCCAUCACAGCUAAAGUGAAGCCGCCACGUCAGAAGGAGGACGAGGAUUCAGCCGCUGCCGACGAAGAGAUGCUCGCAUACAUUCGCCGCUCACAGGCUAGACGCCUCGCUGCUGGUGCUAAGCUGUCCGAGUUGGAGGCUAUGCUUGCCUUCCCCGAGGACGUCCACCCCACACCACGCAUGUCGCCGCGCGAAGCUGUCGCGCUUUACGGUGACAGCCUCUCGCCAUACGAGCGCAAUGAGAUAUCCAGCUUCAGGGACGUCUUCUUCGUCGGACAGUCGUCCAAAAAGCGUUUGGCAACUAAGGAGCGCAGCAGCAGCAACCAUGGCUAUGAUGACGAUAGAGGGGAUUAUGUCGUUAUCAAGCAUGACCACCUUCAUUAUAGAUAUGAAAUUAUCGGUACUCUUGGUAAAGGAUCGUUCGGACAGGUGCUCGAAUGCCUAGAUCACAAGACGGGCAAAUCGGUCGCCAUUAAAAUUAUUAGGAAUAAGAAACGCUUCCAUCAUCAGGCUUUGGUGGAGGUGAAGAUUCUCGACAAAUUGGUCGAUUGGGAUCCAGAAAACAAACACAACGUAAUUAUGAAGACUGAGCAUUUUACCUUCCGUGGCCACCUCUGCAUAGCUACUGAGCUGCUCAGCAUCAACCUGUAUGAGCUCAUUAAGGCCAACUGCUUCGCAGGGUUCACUACUGUCCUCAUAAGGAGAUUUGCUGGACAGAUGCUGCAUUCGUUACUGUUAAUGAAGCAGCACAACGUCAUUCACUGUGAUCUCAAGCCAGAAAAUGUUCUGCUCAGACACCCUGCCAAGUCUUCCAUCAAGGUUAUUGACUUUGGCAGCAGCUGCUUCGAGAAUGAGAAGGUGUACACUUACAUUCAGUCGCGCUUCUAUCGCUCCCCGGAAGUUAUCCUCGGGAUGGAAUAUACUGCUGCAAUCGAUAUGUGGAGUUUCGGUGCAAUUCUCGUCGAGCUCCACACGGGCUAUCCAAUUUUCCCUGGUGAAAACGAACAGGAGCAGCUUGCGUGCCUGAUGGAAGUGCUUGGCGUGCCAGACAAGUACAUCAUAGACAAGAGUUCACGUCGCAAAGUAUUUUUUGACUCCACAGGCGCACCGCGACCAGUUGUCAACAGUAAGGGCAGGAGACGGCGACCAAACUCCAAGUCGAUCAAGUCAGUGCUCAAGAGUGACGACGAGCCUUUCGUGGACUUUAUUACUAAGUGCCUGAUAUGGGAUCCUGAGAGAAGGAUCAAGCCAGCCGCGGCACUUAGACACCCCUUCAUUACAGGCUUGCCGAUGCCUAAACCGACGUCACCAUCUAUUGUGAGAUCUGCAAGACGUCCGUCUACCGCACAACCUGCUUCUAACGGUCACUCUUUUAAAGUACCUAAUGGUACGGCGGCCGAUAGCAAGAAGUCCAUCAUUUCAAAUCCUACUCCUAUGAACAGACACAAGGCAUCGCACUCUCAGUCCUCAGCUAAUACUAACGGUAGCUUCGGUGGUCAUCUCAAAUCGCCUAAGCUUGCCUCGAUCUCUUCUACACCGAGACUGUUCAGAUCUAAGAUGACGUCGUCGUCUACUCCAUCCUCUAAAGUCAGCACUGUUUCGGCUACUUCAAAGUACUGA